AAGAGAAAAAUACCGGAAGAAAUGCACUUCCAGUUUACUGUAGGCUGUAAACUCCUCUCAGUUAAUGUUUAUAGUGAAGAUUAGAGCGGGUCUGCGCUCUCUGUGUGAGCUGACAGCUGAGUGAAUCUGCAGAGCGCUGAUCUUCUGUUCCUCUGGAUCACAGAUCCGGACUGUAGAGCAGCGCUCUGAGCAGAUACCUGAGAACUGCAGGACCGAGCAGCAGAGGAACUUCAGAGGAACCGAAUCACACUGUUCAUACAGCUGAUCUAACCGGGAAACAACCGCAGGAUCUGCAGGGUUUAUACAGGACUGGACUACUGAUAGCUGCUCCUGCUGGUGCUACAUUAACUCCCAGUGUCCUACAGCCAGAUCACUGAAUAACUCUAACUAUCUAACUGUCAGUUAAUGAGUGAGGCAGUGUCUGGUCCGGACUGUCCGUGAAUCUUGGAGGCUAGGAGAAGAUCAGGAAUGGAAGAUGGCUUUAUCUGAGACUCAGCUCAUGUUGAGUGUGGGACUGAUUGAAAAGGACUUGAAUGGAGACACGCUGUGGGUGUGGUGUUACCCUUCUGUCAGCACUGAGCUGCGAGAAGUUCUCCUCCGAAAAUGUUGCCUAACGCUGGACAGUAUAGUGCUGCACACGUUUGUGUUUGGGCAGCACUGCCGAACGUGGUACUACAUCAGCACGGUGGACGUCCAGGAGCCCACUGUCCUUAAGAAGGUUACGCAUUUCUCUAUAGUAAUUACAGCAAAGGAUUUUAACCCUGAGAAGUAUGCUGCAUUCACUCGAGUCCUGUGCAGGAUGUACACCAAGCAUGGCAGUCCAGUGAAGAUGAUGGAGGGUUACAUAUCUGUCUUGACUAAGGGCAUCUGCCAAAGCGAUGAGAAUGGCUCUUUCCUUAUCAAGGAUUACGAUGUGAGAAAUGCAUACCUGUCUGGAUCUGUUAAAGAUGUGGUUUCUCAGUUUGGGAUGGAGACGAUUAUCCUGUACACAGCGCUGAUGCUGAAGAAAAGAAUCAUUAUAUACCACCCUCGUGUUGAGGCUCUGCUUGAGUUUACAAGAGCACUUCCAGCCCUGACGUGGCAUCGGAAAGACUGGUCUAUUCUGCACCCGUAUGUUCAUUUGGAGGACAGAGAGCUGGAGAACCUCAGAUCAUGUACAGGAUAUGUUGCAGGAUUUGUGGAUCCUGAAGUUAUCAACAGGUCGGACCUCUUUGAUGUUUUCGUUAAUCUUCCAGACAGUGAAAUCACCAUAUCUCAACAUGCCAAAGAGGUAAUGGCUAUGGGCAAACUGCAUAAAGAGAUUGGGCACUUUAUUGUCCAGUCUGCGGAGGACAAUGAUCGCACAGAUGCACAGGUUAUCAAGGAUAUCUCAGCGAAGACUAAGGAAAUCCUCACUAACUUGGUGUCACUUGCUAAAGAAGGCGAGGAUGCAAAGUUGACUCUGGAGACACUGAAGCAGCGUCACUUCCCUGCGGCGACCGAGAACUUCCUCUUCCACUUGGCUGCAGCUGAGCAACUCCUCAAGAUCUAAUAAAUCGAUCAGUGCCGUCCUGGAAUAUCUCUAAGAUGCUUCAGUGUUAUUACAAUGAGCACGAAAAAAAGACCAUGUGAACAUGAUUUACUAGUUCAUGUGAUUGCCAAACUGGAUUUACAGAGUUUUAUAUAGAUUUUAUGAUGUAAUCUUCUAUGACCUAGCUGGUGCUAGUCACAUUCAGACAAGAGUAUUAUUAUUAUUAUGCAGCUGUUCCAGUUCUGUGACCAAGACUGUGUCCAUCUGUUAUUGUGUCUUUUUUAUUUUAGAUAUUGAGAGAAUUCUAUAUCAAAUUGAAUUUUGUAAGAUGGCACAUGUAAUAUUUGAGCUUGAAUGUAGUCUAGAUGGGAAGGGUUCUCUAAAAUCAUUCCACUAGAUAGUUGUGAAAAAUUAAGGUGGUUCAGACUUGGUUCAGUAAUCUGCACAAAGCUAAACAAAAAAGCUUGAUUGUCUUUCUUCUCUCUUCUAAAAUUAAAAUGUAUUCACGUAUUACAAAACAAUACUAUAUUGCCUACCAAGUAAAUAAAUAAAUUCCUUCAUUAAGCA